CCCGCCCGUGGGACGGGAGGAGUCCAAGGCCCCCGCGGGCGCACAAGUUGGAGGCAGAGUCGCCUGGAGUUGGGGUGGGGCGGCCGGGGGGCAGCUGGCAAGGAGGAGGAGGGCACUGGGACGCCAGGGACCAGGAGGAGGCGAGGGCUAGGGCGCCGGGCAGGGCAGGGAACAGCACCGGGGCAGCCGGAACGGCGGCGGCAGACGAUGAACAAACUCUACAUUGGCAACCUGAGCCCCGCUGUCACAGCCGACGACCUCCGGCAGCUCUUCGGGGACAGGAAGCUGCCCCUGAGUGGCCCCGUGUUGCUCAAGGCCGGCUACGCCUUCGUGGACUACCCGGACCAGAACUGGGCCAUCCGCGCUAUCGAGACUCUGUCCGGUAAAGUGGAGUUACAUGGGAAGGUCAUGGAAGUCGAUUAUUCCGUCCCCAAAAAACUGAGGAGCAGGAAGCUCCAGAUUCGAAACAUCCCCCCUCACCUGCAGUGGGAGGUUCUGGACGGACUCUUGGCUCAGUAUGGGACGGUGGAGAACGUGGAACAAGUCCACACAGACACGGAAGCGGCGGUGGUCAACGUCACCUACGCCACGAGGGACGAGGCUCGGGGAGCCAUCGAGAAGCUCAGCGGCCACCAGUUCGAGAACUACUCUUUCCGGAUCUCCUACAUCCCGGAUGAGGAUGGCCACGCGCCUCAGAGGUUCCGCCGCGGGGCCUCUUCUUCCAGGGAGCGCGGCCGUUCCCCGGGCGGCUCUGGCCAGGCCAAGCUGCCGGACUUCCCGCUCCGGAUCCUUGUCCCCACCCAGUUUGUCGGCGCCAUCAUCGGGAAGGAGGGCUUGACCAUUAAGAACCUCACAAAGCAAACGCAGUCCAAGGUAGACAUCCACAGGAAGGAAAACGCUGGAGCUUCCGAGAAGCCCGUGACCAUCCACGCCAGCCCCGAGGGCUCCAGCGAAGCUUGCCGGAGGAUCCUCGAAAUCAUGCAGAAAGAAGCCGAUGAGACCAAGGCAGUGGAGGAAGUUCCUCUCAAGAUCCUCGCCCACAACAGUUUGGUCGGAAGACUGAUUGGCAAAGAAGGACGAAACCUGAAGAAAAUUGAGCAGGACACGGGCACCAAGAUCACCAUCUCUCCCCUACAGGAUUUGACCAUUUACAACCCAGAGAGAACCAUUACAGUCAAAGGCACCAUCGAAGCCUGCUCUUCCGCUGAGGUGGAAAUCAUGAGGAAGCUCCGGGAGGCCUACGAGAACGACAUGCUGACCGUGAACCAACAAGGCAGCCUGAUCCCGGGAUUGAACCUCAGCGCCCUGGGCAUCUUUUCUACAGGUCUGUCCAUGCUCCCUUCCGCGGCUGGGCCCCGGGGAGCUGCCGCCGCCUCCUACAACCCAUUUGCUAGUCACUCCGCAUACCUCUCGGGCCUGUACGGAGCCCCCCAGAUCGGCGUAUUCCCACAUCAGCACCCUGUGCCUGAACAGGAGGUGGUAUACCUCUUCAUCCCCACACAGGCUGUUGGAGCCAUCAUUGGCAAGAAAGGCCACCACAUCAAGCAACUGGCCAGAUUUGCCAGGGCCUCCAUCAAGAUCGCUCCUGCCGAAGGUCCGGAUGUCGGGGAGAGGAUGGUCAUCAUCACUGGACCCCCCGAAGCCCAGUUCAAGGCCCAGGGACGGAUCUUUGGGAAACUGAAGGAAGAGAAUUUCUUUAACCCCAAAGAAGAAGUCAAGCUCAAGGCUCACAUCCGGGUGCCCUCCUCGGCAGCUGGCCGAGUGAUUGGUAAAGGCGGCAAAACAGUGAAUGAAUUGCAGAACUUGACGAGCGCAGAAGUCAUCGUGCCCCGCGACCAGACCCCUGACGAGAAUGAAGAAGUCAUCGUCAAGAUCAUCGGCCACUUCUUUGCCAGUCAGACAGCCCAGCGCAAGAUCCGGGAGAUUGUGCAGCAGGUGAAGCAGCAGGAGCAGAAACACCCUCAGGGAGCCGCCCUGCCGCUGCCGCCGCAGCAGCGCACCAAGUAAGAGGCUGCCUCAAUGGCGAGCCAGCAAAGCCUCACCAGACGAAUGUAGCCUUUCCGUGCCGGACAGAACAAGACCAACCCCAGAAAGACCUAUUGGGGAGCAAACCAAAGACCAUCCGAGGCUGGGACUCUGCAGAAACCUUAAUGGAGCCACCCCUGGCUAGGUGGCCCUGGCGAUGGGGGGGGGGGGGGGGGGGGGGGCUCUCCAAAAGCUGGACCAGGUGUGCCUGAGCACCCCCCUUGACACACACGUGAACACAUGCAAACACAGCUGCCCCCCGGUUUCUGCAGGCUUCCCUGAUGAUCAGACUCCCACCACCCUAUCCCUUAAGUUGGACUAACAUAGGCGAUCAUGGUCAAACCUAGGUUGGGGGGACCACACACAAUUUGGUUCUGUACAUAUGUAUGUGGGGUCAAGAGGGUCCACCACAGGUUCCGCUACGUGAGCUGCGGGGUACGUACCGGGCACGCCUACAGCAUUAAUAUAUUGUAGAAAUGAUAUCUAUCAAUAACUCAACUAACUCCCAUUUAAAAACAAAUUAUUAAUUUUUAUUUCCUUUGGAAGAGAAAGUGGGCUUUUCUAGAGUUUUAGGUCACCCAGUGGGAGAGCAGAAGGGGUAGCAGCAGCUUUGGAAAUGCCAGCACAAAAAGGGAGGAAGGGCAAGGGGUGCGGGCUACUACUAACAGCACCUGCCGCGGCCUCCCCUGUAUGUGCCAACCGAAGGGAUACGGUCUUGAGAAGAGCAAUCUCUGUCUCCCUCCAUCUGUAUAUGGCUCACAUAACCUUUCCUUUAUUUGCUUCACAGGUUCUCAACUGGUUUUGCAUCUAGCUGUAGAAUUAGAAUUGUGUCUUUUCCUCCCUGCCUCAACCCCAGCUUUUCUGGCCCUCCUGCCCUCCCUUGAGUCUCUCUCUUCAUUCUUUCCUUCUCUCCACAUCCUCAGGCAAAGCAGUGCUCAAGAGUCACACAAAAUCAAACAGCCACAACUUCCUUUUAGGUGACUGAAUAGGAAAGGAAACAGUCUCAAUGGUACUCGUCCCAGCAUUUUCAAAAAGGAAAGCCAGCAUACACCCCCCACCCCCCAAUCACACUCAGAAUAAAUUCUACCUUUUUACCACAUUUAUUUAGGACACAGCCAUCUGUGGGAGGGGAAGUCAUUUUCUUUCUUACCAACAAAUCAAAAACAAGUGGGGAAAAAACAAAAAAAGAAAAUCACUGGAGGUUGUUGCCCCAAGGGCAGAGAAAUUACAAAUUGAAAAACACACACACUUUUAAAGAAAAAAUAACACAAAAAAAACUACCUCAGGUGUUUUUGUACCUCAGCACCUUGAUCUCGUUUCCCUUUUAGAUUUUGUAUGCCUUGUAAAACUGAGAGUUGGAGCAUUUUUUUUUAUUUUUUUAAUAAAAUUAAGUUGGAAAAAAAAGUCAGCCGCCAUGGAGGAGAAGGUGACAUCCAGGUGUGCGCCAACCAUUCUGAACAGUCCUUGGCUAGCCAAGAGCUGAUGGCCUUCUUCAGAGCAGACCUUGAAAAUGUUUAUUGAAAAAAAAAAGAUUAAAAGGAAAAAAGAGGGAAAGAAAGGAUUAGCAACGUGUGUUAAUAGGGUACGAACCAUUAGGGUUUUCUGCACUAAAGGAUAAGCAUGUUAAUGGUUUAUGUGAACUUGCCAAUGUGCCAAUAGACUGCAAUGCCAGUUUCCUCUACUGCAAAUGGUGUUCUGUGAAAAACAAAAACAAAAAACAAGCAAAAAAAAAAAGAAAUAUAUCUAGCUAACAAGA